AUGCCCAGCUCAGCACUUAUCUGUUGCCUGGUCUUCCUGGCCGGCGUGGGUGCCAGCCCAGACCAGAGCAGGCUAUCUGAGAACAACUGCAGUGACUUCCCAGCCAACCUGCCCAAUAUGCUUCGAGAACUCCGCACUGCCUUCAGCAGGGUGAAGACUUUCUUUCAAAUGAAUGACCAGCUGGACAGCAUGCUGUUGAAUGGGUCCUUGCUGGAAGACUUUAAGGGUUACCUGGGUUGCCAAGCCUUGUCAGAGAUGAUCCAGUUUUACCUGGAAGAGGUGAUGCCCCAGGCUGAGAGCCAGGGCCCAGACAUCAAGGAGCACGUGAACUCCCUCGGGGAAAAGCUGAAGACACUCAGGCUGAGGCUGCGGCGCUGUCAUCGCUUUCUGCCCUGUGAAAACAAGAGCAAAGCAGUGGAACAAGUGAAGAGUGCCUUUAGUAAGCUCGAAAAGAAAGGAGUCUACAAAGCCAUGAGUGAGUUUGACAUCUUCAUCAACUACAUAGAAGUCUACAUGACAAUGAAGAUGAAAAAAUGAAACAUCCUAAGGAACAAAACAUCCAGGAUGAUGACUCUACUGGACUCUUAGGAAUAAAUUAAAGAUCUCCAGAAUCGGAUCCAGGGUUCCAGGAGAGAUGGACCAGCUCCUUGGAGAACCCCAGAGUACCUCUCUCCUAGAAUAUUUAUUACCUCUGAUACCUCAACUCCCACUUCUAUUUAUUUCUGAGCUUCUCUGUGAACUAUUUAGAAAGAAGCCCAAUAUUAUAAUUUUUUCAAUAUUUAUUAUUUUCACCUGUGUUUAAGCUGUUUCCGUAGGGUAACACCUUAUGGUAUUUGAGUGUUUUAAGAGAAAUUGUAAGUUAUAUAAUGAAAAAAAAUGUUUCUUGGGAAGCCAACAGAAGCUUCCAUUCUGAGCCUGACCAUAUUUUGUAGCUGUUGAGCUGUUUUCCCUGACCUCCCUCUAAUUUCUUUUGUCCCUGGGCCUGGGGCUCCUGGAGUGUUAUAAAGAUCUCCUCCUCUUAGGAAGAGAAACUAGAGAGCCCUUUGGUGACUACUAUCCCAGUGGCUCAAAGGGAUUUCCCUGACCUCAUUCCCCAACCACUUCAUUCUUGAAAGCUGUGGUCAGCUUGUUAUUUAUAACAACCUAAAAUUGGUUCUAAUAGAACUCAGUUUUAACUAGAAG